AUGAUAUGGCAAAAUUCACAGUUGCCCUGUGACGCAAAAGGCGCUCGGGGCAGUGUAGCCGAGUGGUUGGCGUGUCAAGUUCCCAUCCUGCCCUGUCGCGGUUCGACUCCCGCUGAGGGUGUGGAUAAGACCGAUGCGAGGUCGAAACUGCAGUCCACUUCAGCUGGUCGCGGUUCGAAUCCCGCUGAGGGUGUUGAUAAGACCAAUGCGAGGUCGAAACUGCAGACCACUGGUGCCUAG